AUGGGUACCUACAGUCCCCCAGAAAAAGUAGCGGCUCUCACAGCCGACUGGUGCGGUCGAGGCUCGCAUGUUGACUUUCAAACGGAUGACACCGUGCCCUUAUCGCAAGGGAAGUUUCUUGGACACGGCGUCAAUGGUGGCGUAUACCAGACUACGUGCCGCGGGGUUGCUCUUGCGUGGAAGAGGAGGUACUGUCGCGGAGCAAUCGGCUCACGGGAGCGGAACGAGAUCGAAGUCCUAAAAAGACUAAACCACCAUCACAUCAUUCACUUAGUCGGCACGUAUACGCAUGGCCCAUUCCUUGGAUUGCUGCUUUGGCCCGUAGCUGUGUGCGAUCUCGCAACCUUUUUCGAAGACUACGAAUAUAUUUGGCGUCACUCUCUGACCCUAGCAGAUCCCGAGGAAGCCGUUAAGGCUGAGGCGGUUAUAGACCGUUUCCAUCAACUCGGUCCUAAAGAGAGUGACAAUAAAGGCCUUGUGAGACUACUUUGGUACAGGGACCGCCUUUACGAAAGCUUCGGCUGCCUGGCACAGGCUGUAGCGUACCUCCACCAGCAGCGUGUUCGACAUAAGGACCUUAAACCAUCAAACGUUCUGCUAUACCGCGAAGGAUUGCGGGUGACCGACUUUGGUACCUCAACCGACUUCUCAGCAUUGACAAUGAGUCUCACAGACAAUGGAGAACGCGGGACGCCGAAGUACUUUGCUCCCGAAGUCGCGGCGUAUAAGCCAAAUGGUCGAGCGGCCGACAUCUUCUCUCUGGGGUGCAUUUUCUUCGAAAUGCUUAGCUUGUUGUUUGGAACAGAGCCCAUGGAGGCAUUUAAGGCCCUUCGUCCAGAAGCUGAUCACUCCUUUCAAGCCAACAUCCACUUGAGACAUCAGUGGUACGCUUUAUUGCGCAUAGAUAACGCGCGUUUCAAGCAUCUGUUGGCUGAAAUAGAGCUGAUGCUCGCUGUCGAGCCGAGUCUGAGACCAAAUGCAGCGGAAUUAGUUGAACAUUUGACACUCAUCGAUGGUUUUCGAAAGGACACGGACACGGAUUCCAGCCGUCUCUUCGGUGCCUGCUGCCCUCCAGCAUUCACCUCAGUGAGGUCCGCAGCAACGGCAGUUGAUGACUUGAAGAUGGAUCUUGAUCGCGCGACUGAAGAGCUCGACCAAGCGCGACAGAAUGCCAAGCUCGCGGAAAGCGAUGCAGCCCUUCUGAGGGCGCAAAAGGCGAAGCUUGAACAAUGGGUACGAAUAGUUCUAGCUGCCAACCCGGGGGGAGAUCUCGCUGGAAGAACUGCACACGCCGAAGUCAAGCCAAUGCAAGCGACGAGCAAGAGUCCAGGUACCAAACCCACGAAUGUAGAAAAGGCAGAGGAAGGACAUGCGCGGGCCCGAAGGGAGGCUGAAACAGAAGCAGAGGAGCAGUUGGGGAUUCUACCUCCGCCAGCCUUUGAACCUCCGCCAGCCGUAGACAUUGCCUCAGCAAUAGCCAGUGACAGAUCGUCUUCGCAGCCGCCUCCCAGACGUCGGCUUUACAACAAUCCAGUGGAGUACUCACAGCGGACGAAGGCAAAGCCUGGCGUGCCACCACCACCAGCCCGUAUACCAAUAUCUCCUACCCCCGGUGCUUCCAUUCCAGCCAGCAAUAUGAUCCCCGUGCCGCCACUGACCAGGGACACGUCCAACGCGACAACGAGGCCAGUCCCAAGGCCGCCGGGGCGCUGGGACCCGCCUCGUCCUCGCUCAAAGUGGCCAACCUCCUUGCCCGACCUGGUCACGCAAUGA